AUGUGUGAUGAGUAUAAUGCGCUUAUUAAAAAUAAUACUUGGACUUUGGUUGAGCGCCCCCCAGGUGCUAAUGUCAUUCGUUGCAUGUGGUUGUUUAAACAUAAAUUUUGUUUUGAUGGGACCUUUGAACGUUAUAAAGCACAGUUGGUUGUUAAUGGUAAAAAUCAAGAGGUUGGUAUUGAUUGUGAUGAGACUUUCAGUCCUGUGGUUCGUCCUAACACUAUUCGCACUGUGCUCAGUCUUGCAGUUUCCCGCAGGUGGUCCAUCCACCAACUUGAUGUAAAAAAUGCUUUCUUACAUGAUAACUUGCAGGAAACUGUUUAUAUGUUUCAGCCUCCAGGUUUUCAGGACUAUACUAAGCCCAAACAUGUGUGUCUUCUGCAAAAAUCUCUCUAUGGUCUUAAACAGGCACCGCGGGCAUGGUAUCAACGGUUUGCCACUUACAUCCUCUCCAUUGGCUUUGUCAGCAGCAAGUGUGAUCCGUCUCUAUUUAUUUAUCGAAAUGGACAGAACAUGGCAUAUCUUUUAUUAUAUGUGGACGACAUUAUCCUUGCCACUUCUUCUGAUGAUCUCCGCACCCGCAUCAUUGCUCUCCUACGGGCCGAGUUCGCCAUGACUUAUCUGGGCCCCCUGUCCUAUUUUCUUGGCAUUUCAGUCAAGCACACUUCACAGCACAUGUUCCUCUCUCAGACUAAAUAUGCCGAGGAGAUUCUCGCCCGUGCCCACAUGUCUUCCUGCAACCCCUGUGCUACUCCAGUUGACACUAAGGCCAAACUCAGCGCCUCCAAUGGCCCUCCUAUGCAGGAUCCUACUCUUUAUCGUCAGCUUGCCAGUGCUCUUCAAUAUCUCACUUUCACACGGCCUGACAUCACCUAUGCAGUUCAGCAGGUUUGUUUAUUUAUGCAUGAUCCUCGUGAGCCUCACUACCAUGCCUUAAAGCGUAUCUUGCGAUACCUUAAGGGCACACUUGAGUAUGGCAUGCACUAUACAUGCACUCCCGCCUCCGAACUUCUCUCCUAUACUGAUGCUGAUUGGGGUGGGUGCCCUGACUCUAGACGUUCUACUUCUGGCUAUUGUGCCUUUCUUGGUGACAAUUUGAUCUCUUGGUCCUCGAAACGACAAGCCACUCUCUCCCGGUCCAGUGUUGAGGCUGAGUACCGCGGCGUUGCAAACGUCGUUGCUGAAUCAUGUUGGCUUCGCAAUCUCUUACUUGAGCUUCACUGUGACAAUGUCGUCUACUGUCGUCUACUGUGA